AUGGUUCAUCGCGAUUCAGAAUUAAUUACUACAUGCUCGAAGGAUAGGAGCUUUACGUUGUUUGCUCCUCAUUUCGAAGGAUUGGAGCUUGCCUUUGUUUACUACCCGGAUUCCAUGAACACGAAUUUGCAAAUGCUUGCUCCUGAAGAUUGGAACAACAUCAUUAGUUUCGAUUCAGAUUCUGCUGCUGAUAUCAAAUUUUUGUCGCUUGCUCCCGAAGUUUCAUAUAUCUCACGUUAUCCAAAAUCAGCGCGAUUCCAACUCAGUUACGAUAGAACUACACGUGAUGUGUAUCACAUGAAUGAUAUAAUGUCUCAUUUAACGAUAAUUCGUCGCAAUCACGCAACCAAUUCAUCAAUCAAGAUCUGCUCAGCUGAAUUGAAUCCAGAUCAUCAUGGCUCAUUUUAA